AUGUCGUCCUCGGAAGUAGACCAUUUGGUCUCGGAAAACAUUAAAGAGCACCAUGGAGAAAUCAUUUACGAUGCUAAUGGAUUCAUUAAAAAGAUUUAUCGAAAAGAUAGCCAAUUAAACAGAAAAAUUGUUGAUAGUUAUAUAGGCAUGUAUAAAGAGGAUAAAGAGGAUUCCUCUAAUAAAGAGGAUAACGUCCAAAAAAGACGCGAAAAUGCCCAGACUAUGACGAACGCGUUCUAUGAUAUUGUUACCGAUUUUUAUGAAUAUGGCAUGUGUAUAAUUUAUUAUAAUCUGAAGACUAAACGAUGGGGUGAAUCGUUUCAUUUUGCUCGGGCUUAUAAAGGAGAUACAUUUGAACAAUCCAUUAAACGUCACGAACAAUAUUUAGCCGUGAAGCUUGGAUUAAAUGAAAAACAAAGAGCUCUUGAUGUUGGAUGUGGUGUCGGGGGACCCCUUCGUGAAAUAGUGAGAUUAUCAGGUGCACACGUUACUGGCCUUAAUAAUAAUGGCUAUCAAAUCGAAAGAUGUAAAGCCUAUGCUAAAAAAUUAGGCUUAGAAAACAAGAGCGAUUAUGUCAAAGGUGAUUUCACUGCCAUUCCACGUGAGCUAUAUGGUAAAUUUGAUUCAGCUUAUGCAGUCGAAGCAACUGUUCAUUCACCUAAACUUGAAAUGGUUUAUGGCGAAGUAUUUCGUGCUCUUAAACCCGGUGGCCUUUUCGCUACUUACGAAUGGGUUACCACACCAAACUUUGACGAAAACAAUCCUGAACAUAAACGCAUCAUUCACGGUAUUGAGGAAGGUAAUUCUAUCCCUUCUUUGAGUUCUUAUAAACAAGCAAUUGAUGCGGCUAAACAUGUUGGUUUCGAAUUGAUUGAACAUGAGGAUAUGGCCAUCUUAUCUGAAUGUCACGUACCUUGGUACUUGACUUUAAAAGGUGGUUUCUCUCUUAAAGGAUUCAGAAUGACUCGCAUAGGCAGAUGUCUUCGCAUCGCUGCACCUGGUUCAACUGAUGUGGCCUGCUUCCUCAAUAAAACGGCAGAUGCUCUGGUUGAAGGUGGAGAAACAGGAAUCUUCACCCCGAUGUUCUUUAUGCUACUUAGAAAGCCUACAACAGCUUAA